CCAGUUCAUCGAGACGGGCGCCCAGCAGGUCGACGACGACUGCAAUGAUUUUCCCGAACGAUUCGUCUACGACGACGACCACGAUCUAGAUCGACACGUGAUGGGCGAAAACCUCGCAAACACUCGUUACAUCGACGAACACGAAACCCAAGAUGAGUACGACCCGACUGAUGAAUUCGUCGACGAUGAACCCCUCGACGAUCGAUAUAGCCACGAUAGCGAUUGUGACGAUAUGUUAUUGCCAAGUUCAUCGUUGAAUUCAGCGGCGACAACAAGCAAGGGAAAAAAACUGAAACGUAUCAGAGCCGUGUAUACGACAUCGGACGAAGACGACGACGAGGCGUCUACAUCAAGACGUGGCGGUCAUCAAGUUUCCGGAAGUGAUGAUUCCCCAACAAAGAAGCGACAGAAAAAUACUGAUACGCCCACAAAAAAGCGGCAUAAAAGAGGAGAUCAUAAAGAUCGAAAGGAUAAGAAGGAUCGAAAGAGAAAAGACAAGAAGAUAAAAAC